GUAGAACUCUCUAACCUGUAGAGAGUCUCCUUAUGCCUUGGUCUCCUCGUCGUUAAAACGAGAGAACCCAUCAGAGCAGAAGAGAGAACAGAGAUACGAGGGAGAGAGAGAGAUAGGCUUCGCUGGACAAUUUCUUCAAUCUCUGGAAGAAGAAGUUGGUCUGAGUUCUUGUCUUGUUCCAUCGAGUAUGGGCACUGAAACUGUUUCAGAAUCUGUGAUGGAUAAUGGGUAUGAAGACAGUGAUGAUGACAAACGUUUAGUGUUCAAAAGGAAAAGUAAUGUUACUUCUAAUUCGAAUCAGUCGAAAUCCAAUCUCCAGAGAAGCAAGGCAGUUCCUUCCAGCAAGGUUUCACCUAUGAGAUCGCCUGUGACUAGCCCAAAUGGAACCACUCCUUCGAAUAGAACUUCUAUAGUGAAAUCCUCUAUGCCAUCUUGUUCUUCUAAGGCUUCACCAGCAAAGUCACCAUUGCGGAAUGAUACUCCCUCUACUGUUAAGGAUAGGAGCCAGUCACAUAAAGAUCAGUCUGAAUGUAAAAGUGAGCAUGAGGAUUCUGAGGAUGAUAAACCUAUAAGUUUCAUACGAUCUCGAAAUUCCAGUCGGCCUAAUAAAGGGCCAAGUUCUUCACGGCAGGUUUCCUUACCGCAGCCAGAAAAAAAGAAUAGUGGAGAUCGACCUCUUGAUAGAGCUAACGGAAUCAUAAAAGAUGAGUCAGAUGAUGAAGCUCCAAUCUCGUUAAUGUAUCGGAAGAAGAAUGAUAGUGGGAUGUCAGGGGCCAAACAGGUCUCUAUUGAUGAAAAGAAACCUUUGGCUAAAAAGUUGCAUCAGAAUGGUUUCACACUUAAGAAUGAAGUCCCGAACUCUUCACGGCAGCUUUCUUCACCGCAGCCAGAAAAGAAGAAUAGUGGUGAUCAACCCCUUGAUAGAGCAAACAAAACUAUAAAAAAUGAGUCAGAUGAUGAAACUCCAAUCUCGUCAAUGGUUCGGAAGAAGAUUGAUAGUGGGAUGUCAGGGGCCAAACAGGUCUCUAUUGAUGAAAAGAAACCUUUGGCUAAAAAGUUGCAUCAGAAUGGUCCCACACUUAAGAAUGAAGUUCCGAACAGUAAGGUAUUAGGUAAGAGACCUCUGGAGAAGGAUAGUUCACCAAAUCAAUCUUCCUUGAAGAAGGUAAAGGUAUCAGCUUCACCUUCUUCGGUGAAAAUGAAACAAGAUUCUGUCAAAAAAGAGUCAGAUGAUAAGGGAAGGGUUUUGGUUUCACCUAAACCAAUGAAAGCUAAACAGUUAUCUACCAGAGAAGAUGGAACUGAUGAUGAUGAUGAUCUUCCAAUAUCCAAGAGAUUAAAAUCAGAUUCCUCCAACAGUAAAACAUCAGCUGCAAAGCCUAAAGCAGUAAAACCAAAUUCUACUUCAUCAGCUGCAAAGCCAAAAGUGACAAGAGUCGUUUCUCCUCGGUCCAGAGCAAUGACCAAAAACUCUAUGAAAGUAACGGACUCAAAAUAUUCUACGUCUUCGAAAUCAUUACCUUCCUCCGGAGAUGGGCAGAGAAAAUGGACUACCUUGGUGCACAACGGUGUAAUAUUUCCACCACCAUACAAGCCUCACGGCAUUAAGAUUUUAUACAAGGGGAAGCCUGUUGACCUAACUAUUGAACAAGAAGAGGUUGCGACUAUGUUUGCAGUGAUGAGAGAGACAGAGUAUUAUAAUAAACCUCAAUUUAGGGAGAAUUUCUGGAAUGACUGGCGAAUAUUGCUUGGCAAAAAACACGUGAUACAGAAGUUGGAUGAAUGUGACUUUACUCCCAUAUAUGAGUGGCAUUUGGAAGAGAAAGAGAAGAAGAAACAAAUGAGCACAGAGGAAAAAAAAGCUGCGAAAGAGGAGAAACUGAAGCUAGAAGAGAAAUAUAUGUGGGCUGUUGUUGACGGUGUCAAAGAAAAGGUUGGUAAUUUUAGAGUUGAACCGCCUGGGCUUUUCAGAGGCCGUGGAGAACAUCCCAAGAUGGGAAAACUAAAGAGGCGUAUCCGUCCAUGCGAGAUCACCUUAAAUAUCGGGAAAGAUGCUCCUAUUCCAGACUGUCCAAUCACUGGUGAAAGUUGGAAAGAAGUAAAGCAUGAUAACACAGUCACCUGGCUAGCUUUCUGGAAUGAUCCUAUUAACCCGAAAGAAUUCAAGUAUGUAUUUCUGGCAGCUAGCAGUUCUCUGAAAGGGCUGAGCGACAAAGAGAAAUACGAGAAAGCUAGGAAUCUUACGGACCAUAUAGAUAAUAUUAGAACAACAUACACCAAGAAUUUUACCGCCAAGGAUAUUAAAACAAGGCAAAUUGCUGUGGCGACAUAUCUCAUUGAUAAAUUGGCGCUUAGGGCUGGAAAUGAGAAGGAUGAUGAUGAGGCGGACACUGUUGGUUGUUGUACUUUAAAAGUUGGAAAUGUGGAGUGUAUUCCUCCAAAUAAAAUAAAGUUUGACUUUCUUGGUAAGGAUUCAAUCCAGUAUGUGAACACAGUCGAGGUUGAGCCUCUUGUUUACAAAGCCAUUGGACAGUUCCAGGCGGGAAAAUCCAAAUCGGAUGAUCUUUUUGAUGAGUUAGACACAAGUAAACUGAAUGCUCAUCUGAAGGAACUUGUACCUGGUCUCACAGCUAAAGUUUUCCGUACAUAUAAUGCUUCCAUCACAUUGGAUGCAAUGUUGAAUCAAGAAACCAAAGAUGGCGAUGUUACUCAGAAAAUAGUAGUUUAUCAGAAAGCAAACAAGGAGGUUGCCAUAAUCUGUAAUCAUCAGCGUACUGUUUCUAAGUCACAUGGUGCGCAAAUUGAAAAAUUGGCUGCGAGAAUUGAAGAACUCAGGGAGGGUCUUAAAGAGCUGAAAACUAAUCUUGACCGGGCCAAAAAGGGAAAACCACCAUUGGAAGGUUCUGAUGGGAAGAAGCUUAGAAACUUAGAACCAAACGCGUGGGAGAAGAAGAUUGCUCAACAGAACGUUAAGAUCGAAAAAAUGGAACGAGAUAUGCAUACGAAAGAGGACUUAAAAACCGUGGCACUGGGCACGUCUAAGAUCAAUUACCUGGAUCCUAGGAUCACAGUUGCAUGGUGCAAACGUCAUGAAGUGCCAAUCGAAAAGAUAUUCACCAAGUCUCUUUUGGAGAAGUUUGCGUGGGCAAUGGACGUAGAACCCGAAUUCAGAUUCUCGCGCCAGAUGGCAUAGAGCUCAGAUGGAAGCAAAGUUAUUAGGAGAGCAGCAGCAAGUGAGCAUUGAAUCAGAUAAAGAGCAAAGAGUAAACCGGCCUUUUCUAUUCAUCUUCCUCCUUUGUUUAGAAUUUAAAACUGUUUCAUUAUUAGUUAUAUAACCUUUUUUUUUGUCUCUUUUCAUUUAACAUUUACUAUGACUAAUCAAAUGCUUAUGUUAUUUUUCAAAUCAUUAAAGAAAUAUAAAAUCUGAA